GAGCGCGAUCAUCCGGGGGCCUUGAAGGAGGUCGGCGGUGCGGGCACGUUGCGCAGGCGCAGUGGCGUUGCCGAGGGUCGGAGCCAUGGGUGUGGAGAACAGAGAGAUGGUGAACAACGGAGAGCCCGAGGAGGAAGAGGAGGAGGAGGAAGAUGUGGUGGAUCCUAUGAUAGACAUCAGAGAGCAAUGUGAGCAGAAUGAAAAGUGUAUGCAACUGCGGUCACGCCUGGACGAGUGCACAGACCGAGUGAACUCGAGAUCGCAAACAGAAGAGACAUGCACCGAGGAGCUGUUUGACUUCCUGCAUGCCCGUGACCACUGUGUGGCUGAAAAAAUCUUCAGUAAGUUGAAGUGAAAUCCAAUUCCGAAGAAAGUGCUGGGAUUCGUACUAGUUGUGAAUUGAGUUUAUUCACUGAUUUCUGAUUGUAUAUACAGCAUAAUAAUCUUGUGGUCCACUGCACAGUGAUUCGGGUAUUGCUUUUAUGUAUUUACAAUUGAGUUUGGUGCCACCAACUGUUGGUCGUUAAUAAAUUUAUUGAACUUGAA